AUGGGUGAGACUCUUAUUACAACUCUGUCUAUGGAGAACUAUCACCCGUCGACACUUCUGUCUAUGGAUUCAGGUGCUUUUACUCAUGAAGAUUCAGAGAGGGAGGCAAAUCGGUCGCUCAUACUUUCGGGACCGCCUGAUAUCAAUCUCCCGCUCUCAUCUGAAGCUAGUCCAUCUCUGCUUUUGUGGAACGAGCACUGUGACAUCUUAGACGUUGGACUCGGGCCUCACCUAUAUGAACCUGAGGCUGUUGUUCAUGUCCCUAAGGUUGCUAAGAAGUACAACAAGCGUGUUGACAGUGCAUGGGGUGCUUGGCUUUUCUUUAGCUUCUACUUCAAGCCUGUUUUGGAUGAGAAGUCCAAAAAUAAGUUAAUGAGGGACAGCAAUGGCUUGUCCGGAUACGACAAAUCUGACUUGCAGCUCGACUCCUUCUUGGUUCAGCAUGAUAUGGAGAAUAUGUACAUGUGGGUGUUCAAGGAAAAACCUGAAAAUGCCCUUGGCAAGAUGCAGCUGCGGAGUUACAUGAAUGGGCACUCACGUGAGGGUGAGCGUCCUUUCCCUUUUAGUGUGGACAAAGGUUUUGUCCGCUCUCAUAGGAUGCAGAGGAAACACUACCGUGGUCUUUCUAACCCACAGUGCCUCCACGGAAUCGAAGUUGUUCAGUUACCCAACCUUUCUGUACUCAACGAGGAUGACAAGAAGAAGUGGACAGAACUCACAGGGCGAGAUGUGAACUUUGCUAUUCCGCCGGAGGCAAGUGACUAUGGUUCAUGGAGGAAUCUCCCAAACUCGGAAUUUGAGGCUGAGCGACCACUUCCAGUGGCUAAAGCGAAUGGGCAAACCCAACUGAAAAAGCUGAACGGUACCUGUCUGAAUCUGUCUACACAUUCACCAGACCACGCAGUUGAUGCGGCGGAAAUUCAAGCCGCUUGUACCAAUAAACGCAAAAGAGAUUGUCUUGCUCUAGGAAACUGCGAUGACUCGAGCUCAAGUGAGAAAUCUCUCGACAUGAAAAUACAUGCAACAGAGCUGCCGUGGUCAAAUGAGUUCAGCGGAGUGAUGAAGAAUGUGUACGGGCCAGUCACAGCUGCGAAAACGAUAUAUGAGGACGACAAAGGGUUCUUGAUAGUUGUGAGCCUGCCACUAGUUGAUCCAGGAAAGGUGAAAGUGACAUGGAGGAACACACCAACACAUGGUAUAGUGAAGAUAUCUUGUACAAGUACAGCUUGUGAGCCAUUAAUCAAGAGACAUGAUAGGACAUUUAAGCUAACAGAUCCGACGCCAGAGCAUUGCCCACCGGGGGAAUUCGUUCGGGAAGUCUCCCUGCCAAACCGGAUUCCAGAUGACGCAAAGCUUGAAGCUUACAGGGAUGAAACCGGAACAACGCUAGAGGUGUUAGUGCCUAAACACCGAGUGGGACCAGAGGAGCAUGAGGUUCGCGUCUGUGUCCGUCCGUUCAUGCUAGAGUGA